ACAAGUACAAAAUGAAGCGUUUGUGUUUUUACUUCCCCACGAUUUUAAUUAUAAUUUCUGGAGAAAAUCCGUGUUUGGCAGAAGAAGACGAAUCGCGAAUUGUGGGCGGAUUUGAGGCAAACAAAGCCGACUACCCUUACGCUGUGUCCCUGCGGGACCCGAACAACCACCACUUUUGUGGGGGCACCUUAAUCGACCACGAACACGUCGUGACCGCCGCCCAUUGCGUCGCUGGGUUAGACCUCCUCAAAAUCUUAUCAAAAAUCCUCAAAUCGUUUUUCCCCGUUUUCAGCGGCCGCUCGAACGUCGUAGUCGUGGGCAGUGACUCUCUAGACAAGGGUGGAAGCACCCACAAGGUCAUUUCCACGACGGUUCACCCCGAAUACGACCCAAAAUUGGUCGUAAACGACAUAGCGCUGUUGAAAAUAGAGCCGGUCACGUCGUACAAAUUUUCAUUUCCGGUCAGAAUGCAAUCAAAUUUAUCGGACUAUGAAAAUCCGUGCUACGUCAUGGGCUGGGGCUUAACGGAAGCCGGGGGAAAACUCUCCAAUAAAUUCAAAGUGGCAGAAGUGCAUCCUGUGAGUCCCACACACUGCGAGGAAGAAUGGAAGGAGGCGUAUAAUCCCAACGUGAUUUGUACCACCAGCGAUGGAAAUUCCGCCUGUCAGGGGGAUUCGGGGGGGCCGUUAAUUUGCGAUGAGAAGUUUACCGGAAUUGUGUCUUUUGGGAAGCCGUGCGCUACGGGAAAGCCGGAUGUGUUUACCUCGGUUUUUGCCUACAACGAGUGGAUUGACAAAAAUAUGGAAUGAUUUUUCUUCGAAAAUAAAAACUUGAAGAAAU